CUGCAUGAAAUAAUUUCUUAGUCGGAAUCUUUCACCGUUAGAAGUUUUGUGUGAAGUGCAGUAAGCCUACCGCAAGACUCCGUUUUUUCCGUUGUGAAAAACCCAAUAUCGUUUAAGACAUCACUCGCAAACUUUCGUUAAUUAUGUCUUCUGAGGGGGCGAUGCCAGCAGCUGAACCCAGGUUACACCGACUCUCCUCCUGGUUUGACCCUGAAACUGCUGCGGUAGUGACCAUCCUCCUGGGGCUGUUCCAGGUGCUGCUGUCUGUCCCACUUGCUUAUGCUGACCAAACUCUGCCAAAACUCUUCAUACUGCCACUUGUCCUAGGAAUUGUAAUUGUGGCAGGAGGAUCAUUCACCAUGGCCAGUGAGAGAAACCCCAGCAGACUACUGCUUCGAGGUUGUGCCUGCAGUAACGUCAUUGGCCUGCUGGUGGCACUCCUUGCCUUCUGCCUCUACUGCUUCAGCCUCAGCACAGAUCGCAGCGAAGAACUUUGUGUACCUGUUGAUUCGGACUUUGAUUUCAGACCCUCAUUUUAUGAGUGUCCUGGGGAAAUCCUCACGGCAUACUGCUGGAGUGUGACACUGCUGCUGCUGGUCUAUGACACUGGUGCUGUGGUCUUGCACUGCCUGCUGUCCAUCUCCGCUCUCAAAGCACUUAAAACAGACUAAUAUCACACAAAAACACACAUACACACACUGUACUGCAAAGUACAUACCAUACAUGUUGAAAAGGAAAGCACUCAUGAUACAGGUCAGAUGAUUUCUAUUCGAAACAAAACGUGUCCCUGUAAUAGAUAAUAACCUAACCCUAACCCUAACUUUUCACAAAGUCAGCUUUACCAACACACUGUCAUCAUUUUAACAAUAUACAAUUCAAAAGCAAAUACUUCUAGCAGACACCAACAUGACAACUUGCACAACAGGCAACACAUGAUGUAUUUUGUGUCUUUGAAGUUGUAAAUUCCUUUGUGAUCUCUAUUUUUAUGUUGUUUUAAACUGAAACCUGUCCUUUAAUUAACUGAACUGGGGCCAGGACUCAAUUAGUUUAGCUUAACAUAAAGACUGGAAGCAGGUGGAAACAGCUAGCCUAGCUCAGAUUCUCUUGUCUUUAUUAUUUCACAUUACGUGUUUAUUAUUUCAGAUUUUUUAUUGAGGUAAAAGUAAAAAGUAAUCAAGUUACAUUAUAUUGUGAUACUUAGGUUAGGUUACGACUACAUUUUGUACCAGAAUAUAUUUUUAAAGUAAGCCUCCCAACCCAGUUUAACACACAAUCAGAUCAAAGACCAACCCACUUUUCCAUACGAUUAGUACAUUUUGGUCAGUCUUAUCAAGCGCUGUGCUUAAUUUCAGUUCAGUUUCAGUGUUGUGAUUUGUUGUAAAGCCUGAGUGCAAUUCCUCCAGGAUAUUGUUUUCUUUAACAAAGGAGUUUAUUUGCACUGAAACUAUAUUUUCAAUUGUCCUACUAAUGAAUGGAAGGUUGGAUAUCAGCCUGUAGCUGGACAAAGCUUUACUAUCUAGGUUGUAUUUCUUGAGUAAGAGUUUGACAGUAGCUGUUUUGAAGACAUCUGGGAAGAUUUUUUGUUUUAAGUGAUGUAUUGAUAAUGUCCAGGACAUAAUUGGAAACACAACCACUUAAAAAAUGCUGUAGGUACAGGGUCAAUACAUGAAGCGGAGGAAUUAUAAUCAGUGAGUCUUGCAAAGCUCAGUUGAUGUAAUUCAGAUGAAUUUUCCCAUGGUCCCAUCAUCUGUGUUUACACCAGCAGGAAUACUGGCUCUAAUUGGUGUUAUUCUGUUAUUAAAAAAACAAUGUGAGUUCAUUAGAUUUUGAUGCAGAUAACUGUGGGGGGUGCGGGCAAUAUUCUCCCAGUAUUCUCUAUAAUAAUCUUGGAAAAGUAAUCCUUUCGUGCCAGAUGUACUGCUUUGUUACAUGCAGUCAUGGCCUAUAGGUAUAUAUUACAAUGAACUGUAAAUUUAGUUUUCCUCCAUUUUUUUCAGCUAAGAUGCAUUUUUGAAAAUAUUACCUAUGUUAUUUUCGACCAUGUUUUGACCAUAACAUGGCUGAAAAUUUCAACAGUGCAUAAGUAAAAAUUCAUAAACUCCACAGCUUACACAUCAUGUAUAAUGAUACCAAGUGGGUAUCUUGUAGAAAUAGUGAUGAAUAUUUUGGUGGCUGAUAUAAUGUAAUGAUGAGCACUGGCAAAUCUAAUAAUUCUCUUCAGCUCAAGAGCGAGAUAUUCAAAUUAUGAAAUAUCACCCAAGUCCAUAUCAUCACAGACAAACUCUGUAGAGAAAAUGGCUACAAUCUAUUCUCCUUUCCUGUUUUGUCUGACCGAUAGAAUUAAUCGUUUGGAGGGCAGUUCUCAAUUAAAAACAUACAUAUAUAUAUGAAUUAUAUGUUGUUUAGCAAUUUUAUAACAAAUAAAAUAUAAAUAAAAUAUAUAUAGAAAACGAUGAGUAUAGGAAGGGGCAACAUAUGACCAAAUAUGAACAACAGGAAGCGACUUGUUACAGCAUUAAAUGGUGGCCAAAUAUUGUUGUUGUGAGAGGACAAAACAACAAACCCAUACAAUAUAAGAUUAUGCUUUAUUCUGGUGUUGUUGUCAUUUUAUCCACAGCCUGCAUGUGCAAAAAUACGGCUUAUUCAAAUGCUGUCCACAUAAGAUGUAAUAAACUAUUUCUAAGACUCA